GACACGUUGAGCCGGCUUUCUUAAAACAGUGAUUAACCUUAAAAUUAAAUGUAUUCCUGACAAAAAUCGCUGUAACAGGUUUUAAAUAAUAUUUAAAGAAAAACAAAAUUCCAAGCCUUAAUACUGAACCAUGACGCAAGAUAUUCAGGGAUUCUUCAAGAAGUUUCAUGAUAACAUAAACAACGCAAUAGACGACGUGACAAGAAAUAAUUUUGCUAAUUUAGAAUCGAAUUCAAAACGGGUUUCUUACUUGAGCUCUCUACCAUUUAUUAGAAAUUACGACCUUUCAACUGACGUACGUGAAGUUCAAGUCGGAGGUGAUUUUCCAGUUAAAAAGGAAUUAGAAAAAUCUCGAACGCUCAAAGAUGAAGGAAAUAAAGCUGUUCAAAAGGGCGAUUGGAUCAAAUCGUUACAAUUGUACAAUCAAAGUUUAUUGUUUAUGCCACAAAAAGAAAGUGAAGAGCUGGCAAUUGUAUAUGCGAAUCGAUCAGCAGCUUUAAAUCAUUUGGAACAGUUUGAAGAAGCUCUCUCAGAUAUACAACGUUGUCUCUCUUUGGGUUAUCCACGCCACUUACGGUAUAAAGUUUAUGAGAGAAGAGCCCGAUGCCUACUCGUUUUAAAAAGGAACCAAGAAGCAAUUAAGGCUUUCCAGGACACAAUCAGUGCUUUGGAUGAAGCCAACAAUUUAAAUAAAGAAAAAAGACAAAAAUUGAGAACAGAUACAAAACUCAUGUUAGAAGUUUUGAAUAAAGGUCUAGUACUGGCUGGGAAUCCAAAAGAUCCGGAACCAUUAAAGAAAACUCCUCCGAAACCCAAGCUGCCUGGAAAACAAAACUCACAAUACCCAGCUGCUUCUGAUGCUAUACAAAUUGAUUAUGAUAAUGAUAAGGGCAGAUUUGCUACAGCGAGUAAAGACAUACAGGCUGGCGAAAUUUUACUGGUUGAAAAACCUCAUAGCGGCGUUUUAUUGGGUGAAUAUUGCAAAUCGCACUGUCAAAACUGUUUUAUAAAAUGUCCGAUUCCCAUACCUUGUCCGACAUGUCCGAAUGUAAUAUUUUGUAGCGAAAAAUGUUUAAAAGUCGCCAUCCAAUCUUAUCACGGAUACGAGUGCCAUAUUUUGCCACUCCUGUGGAAAUCAGGUUGCUCUGUAACUUGUCAUAUUGCUUUAAGAAUGAUCACUCAAAAAUCGAAAGAGUAUUUUACGCAAAUAUACAACGAUUUAGAAAGUAAGCCAUCAGGGAUAUAUAAAACUGACGAUUACAAAAAUAUAUAUCACUUAGUUGCACACGAAGACAAAAGGACAAAGCAAGAUUUACUGCACAGGAGUCAAAUGACGAUAUUUCUGCUUAAACUUUUAGAAUUAAGCGGCUAUUUCGAAGUUAAACACAGAGAAAAAGAAAUAAAUCUUGAUGAUAUUAAGACAUUGGAAAUCGGAGAAACAUACAGCGACGAUAUCGCUUUAUUUGGUAGCCUUAUUUUAAAGAAUCUUCAAAUACUUCAGUUCAAUGCGCACGAGGUAUUUGAGUUGCAUUGCCCUAAACCGAAAGUGGGUCAAUAUAUCAUAAAACACGAUGGAAAAUCUACAUUUUUAGCAGGUGCAGUAUUUCCAACUCUCGCACUGUUUAACCACUCUUGUGACCCAGGAGUCGUAAGAUAUUUUUGCGGUCCCUACGUCGUUGUACGUGCUGUGAAAAAUAUAAAGGCAGGCCAAGAAGUCGCUGAAAAUUAUGGACCGAUAUUCACGACGGUUCCAAAACAGAAACGUCAAGCUGAACUCAAAGAUCAGUAUUGGUUCGAUUGUAGCUGUGUACCUUGUGAACAAAAUUGGCCCAUGUACUCAGAGAUGACGGAAAAUUACAUGAGAUUCAAAUGCGACUCUGAUCGCCCUUGUCCCAAUGUUAUACCAGUGCCUUAUGACUGCAAAGAAUUUAUGGUGCAAUGUGGUCUAUGUCAACAAUAUACCAACAUUCUAAGAGGAUUAAAAUCGUUACAAGACACAGAGAUUAUGUACAAACUUGGCCGUGCAGCAAUGGCAGAAGGGAAAUAUGGUGAAGCCAUGAAGAAAUUCAUUGAGAUGUUAAAGCUCUACGAUGCUACCUUAUCUCCACCAUAUCAGUCUUAUUAUGACUGUGUUCAAGACCUCAGACGCUGUAUGCUAGCUUUAGGCAAUUAUAGUAUUGUUUAAAAUUUGUUCUUGUUGAUGUGUGCAUAACAAUAAAACUACUUUAUAUGUUACUAAUAAAACUUAGAUGAUAAUGUGUUUAAAGUUUAAA